UCUAUGAUCAACGACCAACCGGAGGCGGAGCCGAGGCGCUGACUGUAAUGCGAUAGCUGCUCUGUUCAAAAGUGCUAUUACACACACUCUCACUCACUCACAUGCACACAUGCCGCCGGAGCGCAGGGACACUCCUCUCCAGACAAAAACACUAGAUGAGUGGUGCCAGAGAUGGAAUGAAUUCUCCUUCGGAAGAUAGUGUAUUCAUGUGUGUCACAGUUCUCAUGAUUUGCGCUCCAUUCUUGUCCGAAAUGCGAAGACUUAUUUUUGUCGGGUUGAUAGUUCAGGCAGCUGUGUCUCAGUGGUCGUAAAUGACCGCAGUCCUGAAUCCCUGUGAGCAGAGAGAGACGGGGAGAAAGGCAAGCGCUUCAAUCGUAUUUGGAGGCAGACUCAGAGCCGCUUAUCAGACCCUGUAGGAAAUAGCCCGGAGGUUCCAUAUCAGUGGACAUGCUCUGUAUGGAACUGGGGAAUCAAGAGGAAUUCAUUUCAUUCACUUUGCUCGACGAGACUCAAUAACUCAGUCAUGACGACGACAAGAUGAGAGUUAUGAAGUGUGUCUUUCAAGUAGACUAUAUGCCUACUUCGGAGGGAAAGCUGUUCACCGCUCUCUUCACCGCUGUCUUCAGCCUAUUUUUAUUCAAUUAAGUGCACUUGGAACAAACAUUAUUCGUUUGCUUGUUUGGGUAAAAUAGGCUACGUGGAGCAAUCACAUUUGUCCCUACAUUUUCAGCAAAAAAAAGGGUGUGGGUUUUCUUGAUGGACAACUAAUUUGAUCCCGGGAGGUUACCUUUAAAAACAACAAGACAUUGAACAUUGUCAAAAUGGAUAUGCUAUCGUCGUUGUUUGGAUUUGUACUUGCAAUGUGUCUAACACCGGGAGUCGGUGGAGACCAAGGUUGUGGGAACACCCUAGAUGCCAGCGACGCAGGGUACAUCACGUCCCCGGGCUACCCUCUGGAGUACCCGCCCCACCAGAAUUGCCAGUGGGUCAUCACGGCCCCGGAGCCCUCCCAGCGCAUCGUCCUCAACUUCAACCCCCACUUUGAACUGGAGAGACUGGACUGCAGGUACGACUUCAUUGAGAUCCGCGAUGGCGGCUCGGACUCGGCUGAGCUGCUGGGUAAACACUGCAGUAACAUCGCCCCCCCAGCCAUCAUCUCUUCUGGUACCGCCCUGCACAUCAAGUUUGUCUCAGACUACGCCCACCAGGGGGCUGGCUUCUCGCUGCGCUACGAGAUCUUCAAGACGGGAUCGGAAUUCUGUUUCCGGAAUUUCACCAGUCCUUCCGGAGUGAUCGAGUCCCCCGGCUUCCCCGACAAGUACCCCCACAACCUGGAAUGUUCUUACAUCAUCAUAACUCCGCCCCACAUGGACGUGACCUUGACCUUCUUGACCUUUGACCUGGAGAACGACCCCCUGCUGUCAGGAGAGGGAGACUGCAAGUACGACUGGCUGGACGUGUGGGACGGGCUGCCCCAGGUGGGCCCUCUGAUUGGUCGUUACUGUGGUACUAAGAUUCCUCCUGAGAUCAAGUCGUCGUCUGGUCUACUGUCUCUGUCCUUCCACACGGACAUGGCUGUGGCCAAAGACGGCUUCUCAGCCCGCUACAACAUGACACACAAAGAAGUCAAUGACACGUUCCACUGCAGUACAGCGUUUGGUCUGGAGUCGGGGAAGAUUUCGGACGACCAGAUCUCAGCCUCGUCCUCCUUCUACGACGGCCGCUGGUCCCCUCGCCAGGCCAGGCUCAACAACAUGGACAACGCCUGGACACCCAGCGAGGACAGCACUAAGGAGUACAUCCAGGUGGACCUCCACUUCCUCAAGGUGCUGACAGGCAUCGCCACCCAGGGGGCAGUCUCCAAGGAGACCCAGAAGUCCUACUACGUGACCACCUUCAAGCUGGAGGUCAGCACCAAUGGAGAGGACUGGAUGACUUAUCGCUACGGCAAGAAUCACAAGAUGUUCCAUGCUAACACAGACCCGUCUGAGGUGGUGUUGAACCGCGUACCCCAGCCGGUCCUGGCCCGCUUCGUACGCAUCCGGCCUCAGAGCUGGAAGAACGGCAUUGCCCUGCGCUUCGAACUCUACGGCUGUCAGAUCAUAGAUGCUCCGUGUUCUGAGAUGCAGGGCCUCCUCUCUGGCCUGCUCCCCGACGCCCAGAUCUCAGCCUCGUCGGCUCGAGACAUGCUGUGGUCCCCUGGGAACGCCCGCCUGGUGGCCAGCCACUCGGGCUGGUUCCCCGGCCCCGCUCAGCCCCUGGCUGGGGAGGAGUGGCUCCAAGUGGACCUGGGUGUCCCCAGGAUGGUCCGGGGGAUCAUUACCCAGGGGGCGAGGGGCGGAGAAGGGGCAAGCAGCACGGACAACAGGGCCUUUGUGAGGAAGUACCGCGUGGCGCACGGUCUAAACGGGAAGGACUGGGGGUACGUCAUGGACAGCAAGACCAGCCUGCCCAAGAUAUUUGAGGGGAAUACCCACUACGACACCCCUGAGCUGCGGCGCUUUGAGGAGACCCUGGCCCAGUUCAUCAGGAUCUAUCCAGAGAGGUGGUCUCCUGCCGGGAUCGGGAUGAGAGUGGAAAUACUGGGCUGUGACGUGCCAGAAACCAGCACUCUGGCCAACACAGCCUCUCCCACUUUGUCUGGUCCAAUGGAGAGCAGCACUGCCCAGCGGGCGAGCAGAGGAGCUAGCUCCUCGCCUCCAUCCAUGGGUGGUGUGUGUGACUUUGAGCAGGGUCUGUGUGGCUGGACUCACGACCCCAGCACCUCGCUCCAUUGGUCCCUCUACAACAGCUCCAAAGCCCCAGCCCAGGGCCCCGGCCUGAACCUCACUCUGCCCCCCACCGACCUGAAUAGCUACCUGUACAUCGAAGCCAACCCCAAGACGGAGCAGCAGCGAGCCAGGAUCCUAAGCCCCAUGGUGGGACUCGACACGGGGCCUCUCUGCCUGCUCUUCUCCUACCAGCUGUGGGGAGAGGCCCAGGGCACCCUGCGCAUCCUUCUCCGUGAUGCCCAUCACGAGGAGACCCUUCUAUGGGCACUCCACGGCGACCAGGGACCCGUUUGGAAGGAGGGUCGCACCAUCCUGCCCCGAUCCCCCAAAGAGUUCCAGGUGGUUAUGGAAGGCUUCGUUGACCAGGGAACCAAGGGCCAUAUCAUGAUCGACAACAUCCACAUGAAUUCUGGUACACCUUUGGAGGAGUGCACACAACCCUUCGCUGCCUUCCUUCCCGACAUGACAGAUAAGAGGCCAGAGUUUGGAGACAGCAGACUUUUUAAUGGCAGGAACCAGUUAGAUGGAGGCUGGGCGUUCCCCAAGGAGUUGCGUACGGCGGCCCCGUCCUCCGAGCAGCCAGAGACGCGCGUCUCCUCCUCGGCAGAGAAGGACAACUCGUGGCUGUACACGCUGGACCCCAUCCUGGUCACCAUCAUCGUUAUGAGCUCCCUGGGCGUGCUGCUGGGCGCUGUGUGCGCCGGCCUGCUGCUCUACUGCACGUGCUCCUACAGUGGCCUGUCUUCGCGUAGUUCUACCACGCUGGAGAACUACAACUUUGAGCUGUACGACGGCCUCAAGCACAAGGUGAAGCUCAACCAGCAGCGCUGCUGCACCGAGGCAUGAGGCGAAAGAGUAGAGAGAGGAGAGGGGUAGAGGAAAGGAGAAAGGCGGCCAUUUUGAGGAGAUUAUCUCCUCUUUUGUUUUCUCUGCGUAGCUUGGACUGUGAAUUUCCUUUCUGAGCUGAAGGACUACACCUGCCAGAUGGAAGGGCAUUUUGGGGAAAAGCCACUUUUUAGACUGAUCUUGAGACCCCUCCCCCCUACUUCAAUCAAAGUGGUGCAGUCCAGUGUGGGGUUUUCUGGACCGAAGCCAUUGAGGGAAGGAUUGGGUAUUUCCCAGAGUGGUCCCUAUAGCGGAUUGUUCCAUUGACAGGGGAGUUCAAAUAUCAACACAUAUCAAUGGGCAAAUACCUACUAUCCCCCCCCCAAAAAAAUGUUUUGUUUCAGAACUCCAUAUAAA